CACGACGCCAUUUUGGAGGAAAGUUUGGAAUUUCGGGGAUAUCGGAGGAAAAAACGAAAGAAGUUUGACUUUAAGAAAUCGCAAAGAAGCGAAGAGGGGGAGAGAGGAGAAAAACCGCAAGCAAAAUCGAGCAAAUGGGUCUGGAAUGCAAGGAUUCAACUUUGCAUAUGUGAAACUGAAACGGGAUUUGCGUUAUUUUGGAUUUUAGUUUUUUUUUUCUGUCUUGCUCAGCUACGUGCGCGUUGGGUUAGGGGAAACUGUGCGCUGCUGGAAUUCUGCUUUCCUGGUGCAAUUCUGUUUUUUUGUGAAGUUUCUUCGUCUGCUUUCUCAGACAUAAGCAGUAUUGUAUGUGUGCCCCCUCCCUCUCGCUCGCUCCAGUCAGGUUUGCUGGGUUGUACAGUAUCGUACUGGUUGGUUGGUGGGUGGUGUGUUCGCUAGGAUUCCAGACACAGUGACAGAAAUCUGCUUCCAUUCUUUUCAUACCAAAGUCACGAGUCGAUCUUUUAAAAAACCAAAAACCUUGCCAUUUGGAUUUCAUGCAGAAGGACUACACCCGUUUUUUUUUUUUUUGCAUUCUAUUCAAGAACUCCUAAAUCAAAGGAAUUGUUUUAUUGUGUGCUUUCUUUAUUUUUUUCACCCGGUUUCCGAAGAUGCCGGUUAGGAAGAAAGAUGCACAGCGAGCUUUGGGUCUCCUUGAAGAAUAUCGGUCUAAACUGAGUCAAACGGAGGACAGACAACUCAGAAACUCCAUUGAGAGAGUUAUCAACAUCUUUCAGAGUAACCUGUUCCAGGCUCUCAUAGAUAUCCAGGAAUUUUAUGAAGUGACCUUACUGGACAAUCAGAAAUGCGGAGAAUCUCCAAAGCCAAUAGAACCCACACCACCUGUAAACUUGUGGGAAUUCUCCAGCCUUCCAAGCACAACCGUGACUUCAGACCCACUACCCAGCAGCGUUAGCCCGAGUGUAGAGAAAUACCGUUACCAAGAUGACGACACACCUCCACAAGAACACAGUUCCCCGCACCUUACCAAUGAGGUGAAAGGACCAGAGUUGGUACAUGUAUCAGAAAAGAACCUUUCACAGAUUGAGAAUGUACAUGGUUUUGUCUCUCACUCACACAUCUCCCCUAUGAAGGUUGAGUCCCUGGAGUGCAUCUUCGAUCAGCCUUCGACUUUAGAAAAAGAUGUGCUUCCCUCUUCCCGGCUGGCUUUGUUGUCGCAAAGCAUUUCAGUCUCCCAGGCAAAUCCGCCACCGGUUGUGGUGAACACAGAUAGUCUGGAUACUUCUCCUUAUGUAAACGGCACAGAAGCAGACUAUGAAUACGAGGAGAUCACACUUGAAAGGGGAAAUUCAGGUCUUGGUUUUAGUAUCGCAGGUGGUACAGAUAAUCCCCACAUUGGAGAUGACCCGAGCAUCUUCAUUACAAAAAUCAUAGCAGGAGGUGCAGCUGCACAGGACGGGAGACUGCGAGUGAAUGACAACAUAUUAAGAGUAAAUGAUGUGGAUGCCAGGGAUGUAACCCACAGCAAAGCAGUAGAAGCCCUAAAAGAAGCCGGAUCAAUCGUCAGACUAUACGUGAGAAGAAGAAAGCCAGUGACGGAAAAAAUCAUGGAACUAAAACUUGUUAAAGGCCCUAAAGGUCUCGGCUUCAGCAUAGCAGGGGGAGUUGGAAAUCAGCAUAUUCCCGGGGACAAUAGCAUUUACGUAACCAAAAUCAUAGAGGGGGGAGCGGCGCACAAAGAUGGCAGACUGCAGAUAGGAGACAAACUUCUUGCCGUGAACGCUGCUGGUCUUGAGGAGGUCAGUCAUGAAGACGCCGUGACUGCCUUGAAAAACACCCCUGAUGUAGUUUACUUGAAAGUGGCGAAACCCACGAGCAUCUACAUGAAUGACAGUUACGCCCCUCCCGACAUCACCAACUCCUAUUCACAACACAUGGAUAACCACGUCAGUCCGCCCAGCUACUUGGGACAACCGUUACCGCCAGCAACCCCCGGCAGAUAUUCGCCUGUCUCCAAAGCAAUGGUGGGAGAUGAGGAGAUUACAAGGGAGCCUAGAAAAGUAGUGCUACAUCGAGGCUCCACAGGCCUGGGCUUCAACAUCGUUGGAGGAGAGGACGGAGAAGGGAUAUUCAUCUCCUUCAUUCUGGCAGGAGGGCCAGCGGACUUGUGUGGGGAACUGAGGAAAGGAGACCGCAUCGUCUCCGUGAACGCUGUUGACCUUCGGAGUGCGACGCACGAGCAGGCUGCUGCAGCUCUGAAGAACGCAGGCCAGACAGUCACCAUCGUCGCUCAGUAUCGUCCAGAGGAAUACAGUCGGUUUGAAGCCAAAAUCCAUGAUCUACGGGAGCAGAUGAUGAACAGCAGUAUAAGCUCAGGAUCUGGGUCAUUGCGGACCAGCCAGAAGAGAUCACUCUAUGUCAGAGCUCUUUUUGACUAUGAUAAGACCAAGGACAGCGGGCUCCCGAGUCAAGGGCUGAACUUCCAAUUUGGGGACAUUCUGCAUGUUAUCAAUGCCUCUGAUGACGAGUGGUGGCAAGCACGGCAGGUCACGCCAGAUGGAGAGAGCGAAGAGAUUGGAGUAAUCCCAAGCAAACGCAGGGUGGAAAAGAAAGAGAGAGCCAGGUUAAAGACAGUGAAAUUCAAUUCAAAAUCAAGAGACAAAGGGCAGUCAUUCAAUGACAAGCGUAAAAAGAACCUCUUUUCCCGAAAAUUCCCUUUCUACAAGAACAAGGACCAGAGUGAGCAGGAAACCAGUGACCUUGAUCAGCAUGUAACCUCUAAUGCCAGCGAUAGUGAAAGUAGUUACCGUGGCCUGGAGGAAUACGUACUGUCUUACGAGCCUGUCACCCAGCAAGAAGUAAACUACUCGCGUCCAGUGAUAGUUUUGGGACCCAUGAAAGACAGAGUAAAUGACGAUCUGAUCUCAGAGUUUCCAGACAAGUUUGGCUCCUGCGUUCCUCACACAACUAGACCACAGCGUGACUAUGAGGUGGAUGGCAGGGAUUAUCACUUUGUCACAUCUCGGGAGCAGAUGGAGAAGGACAUUCAGGAUCACAAGUUCAUCGAGGCCGGCCAGUACAACAACCACCUGUACGGAACCAGUGUACAGUCAGUACGGGAGGUAGCAGAAAAGGGCAAGCACUGUAUCCUCGACGUGUCAGGCAAUGCUAUCAAGAGGCUACAGAUAGCACUGCUCUAUCCUAUUGCUGUUUUCAUUAAACCAAAAUCUGUAGAAAAUAUUAUGGAGAUGAAUAAGCGUCUGACAGAAGAGCAAGGCAGGAAGACUUAUGAGCGAGCCAUGAAACUGGAGCAGGAAUUCACAGAGCACUUCACAGCUAUUGUUCAAGGGGACACACUAGAGGAGAUCUACAACCGGGUUAAACAAAUCAUCGAGGAGCAAUCCGGCCCCUAUAUCUGGGUACCAGCCAAGGAGAAAUUAUGAAGAUGCUGAUUUUCUUUCUUUCUUUCUUUUUUUUUUUUAACCAACCUUGUCUGCUGCGUUUGAUGGCUCUCCACCCCUUCUUUCAAAAUCCACUUGUUCCCUGUGUAUACAUCAUAUGGGACACAACCCCUUUUGUGUGUCUCAACAUCCUCUCUCACCUUUUGACACCAGUAUCUUGUCGAUUUUGAGACUGUGGCAUAGAUUGGUUGGAUCACCACUGUCUUUCUACAGAGAAGGGGGGGUAUGGCCUGACCAGCUACAAAAGGAGGAUUCUGUGGUACAGUUCCUUAAUGUUUAAGGGCGGUGACUUUUUAGAAAUGCAUUAUAUAUAUAUAUUUUUUUUCUUUUAAAUUUGGAUUGUUUUCAUGGUAAAGGAAGGAAUAUGCGGUCUCAUUUAUUGGGUCAGAAAAAUACGCAGUAAAAAUGUGCACGUUCUAGCUUUAAUAGCAUGGUUUGGACGAUUUAUGAUUUUAUUUUUUGCUGUCUAAAGUUUCUUCAGUCAUUAAUCCUAGCCUCCUUUCUGUUUUACAUGCAUUUUGUCUCGCACAACCUCAUAGAUCUGCCCAUUUUAAAAGGUUCAGGUUUGGUUCAGGUACACGUCUGUUAGUUAUUUGUUAGAAUGUUUCUGAGCGGCUUCCUCUAACAUUAAUCUGUGUCUUAUCAUUAAAAACUGCUUUGUCACUAUGAUCAAGAGUAAAUUUAAUCAUCUUAGGUGCUAGGGAGGGUUUUUUUUUUUUUUUUUUUUUUUUUUUUUAAAUAAGGAAUGACUGGUUGUGUUAGUGAUGUUGAAAGUGUCACUUUUUAAAGUCCAUAUAUUAAUGGAAGAGGCUUUGGGCCAUAGCAAAAAACAAAAAAAAGGAUUCUAUUGUACACAGUUUAAGAUUUAACAGAUAUUUAACCCUCAGUAAACUGCCUAUUUUGUUAUAAUAAAAGACUAUAUUGAACUUUACUUAACACUAUAAACUAUGGGAAUUAUUUUCUUUACAUAAUUACACACACACACAUUAUUUAUAUAUAUAUAUAUA